GGUAGCAAAACUCCCGUGUCGCGACGGAUGCUUCUUCAUGUCACUUAGUGUUGUUUUCUUAUUGUCUUUUUCUGUGCGACCCUUCAGGAAAAACAGCGUCUGCCUCCGCCCCCGAAAAACGGUACGGCAGGUCUAAGCUCUACCACGACAAACCAUGGGCUCUUGAUUGGGUAGGUGGCCUUCAUAUGCCGGGUUGCGGAGCCGUUGUCUUUUUGAGCGAUGACAAUGGCCUGAGUUGGUACUGCUGCGGAGGGGUGGAGAAAUCGGAAGCGGGGAGGUUUACCUACGACGGCAGGAAGUUCAGGACCUUCUUCCUUACGUCUGUCUAUGAUAGAGAGGGGAAAAACUUGGUCAAGGAAGAUAAGAAGGUGUCUCUUGACCAUCGGCUCUUCCAAGGAUACGGGAUCAAGGCUUUGUCGAUGAAAGCGUUUGACGUGCGCGGGAACGGAACGGAGUUCCAAAUGCUGGAUCCGGAAAAGUUUCUUUCCAAAACCAAUGGCUACCGCGUGACUGGUUCCCUGCUUGUCGUCGACAGCGCUUUCAUGCUCAGCAGACCUUUGGUCCAAUUCAACAGCCCGGCGGACCAACUCGCAGCUUUCGUUAUGCGAUACAGGGAAGAGUUCGCGAGGCUGCUUGCUGCCCAGCAAGUUGACCGUGUUUUCGUGCCGAUUGACGCCCCGUCUUCGUCGGCUGCGGGGCCCAAAUGGCGCNAGUUCGCGAGGCUGCUUGCUGCCCAGCAAGUUGACCGUGUUUUCGUGCCGAUUGACGCCCCGUCUUCGUCGGCUGCGGGGCCCAAAUGGCGCGAAGAUCAGUCGGCCAGAGCGGGUGGAAAGAGGAAGCAAUUGCCGACUGCCCCGUUUUCGUCGGCUGCGGUUGUCCAGGCUCUGCCCGCUCCGGUUCCGCCCUCGGAUCGGCAAGGUCGCAAUGCGGCCGAGCUGUCCAGCGAGGCCACAGACUACGACGACCGAGCUGUGCGCUAUCGGGCUGGUCCCCAACAUCGUUCACGGGGAGGUGCAGGUGCCUUCGAUGAUGAGGAAUGCGAGGGCCAAGAUGGGGAGGGCGGUGGUUGGGAUGGGGAGGGCGGUGGUGAGGAGGGGGAGGGCGGUGGUGAGGAGGACGAGGGCGGUGGUGAGGGGGACGGCGGUAACGAAGGAGAUGUUGAAGGUGAGGACGAUGGCAUGGACGAGGAGAGAGACGAUGUUGGCGAGGAAGUCGAAGACAAUCGCUCCUCCCAAUUUCAUCGUCGUCACCACAACGAAUCGCAGGGGCGCCGUGAGGACGACGCCUGCCGUGUCGGUGACGCGGUCGAUGCUGGUGGCCAGCCUGCAGCCUCCCGCGGAAUGUCGCAGUCCUAUGACCAGACGAAGGAUGGGAGACACGAACCUGGCUCACGGAGAAAGCGAAAGAGGGGAGAGGCGUCGACCUCUCCUGCGAGUCGAACAAAACAGGCGUUGGCCGACACCGUCAAUGAAGCUCGCGGAGCGUUGACGGCAUCACAGGAAGCGCGGGCUCCUCGGAAAACUGCUGGGGGGGGCGAAGUGGCAGCCGCGGGGGCGGUCGCGGCGGMGGUAGGAAAGGCUCGCAGAGGUCCAGGGCACCUGAGCUGCGGACUCGGGGGAUGAGGGCGAGGGGGUGGGGCCUCGCAUGCCCGAAGACAUUGAAAAGCUGGUUCAGGACGCCGCGCUCGUGGACACGGCACAAUGUUUCUUCCUCGAAUACAACGAACAGGGCUUCGCCAGGCAAGACGUC